GACAGUCACCCGAAGUAUAUAACCUCCGACUAUGCCACAGGUCAGCAACAUCCAUCAUCCACAUUCAAUCAGCAUUUCACAUCUCCAAGCCUCCUAAACAUCUUCCUCCCGCAUCUUCCUCCCCCCUCCACCUCUCUCAACAUGCAGACCUUCUCCCUUCUUCUGGCUGCCCUGCCGGCAGUGCUCGCCCUUCCCUCAAUCGACAAGAGGCAAACAGCCAACACCAUUCCAGGCUCAUGGAUUGCUCAAGUCAAUAACGAUGCCGUUCUCUCCAAAGUGCUCGGAACUGUCAAGACCAUGACCGGCAUCAAGCCCACGCUGCAGUACGACAUGGGCUCAUUCAAGGGUUUCGCCUUCGAUGCUCCCGAAACUGUGGUCGACAUGCUCUCUGCCAUCGGCGCUCUCAAGCACGUUGAGCCCGAUACCAUGAUGUCCAUCAACAUGCCCAUCGCCGAGGCCACCGAGGAGCCCGCCUACCUUCAAGAUCGCGCCAUGGUCACCCAAUCCAACGCUGCAUGGGGCCUGGCUCGUAUUUCAAACAAGAAAAACGGCACUACCAACUACAACUACGACAACUCGGCUGGAGCCAACGUCGUGGCCUACAUGAUUGACUCCGGUAUCAACGCCAACCACACCUUAUUCGAGGGCCGUGCCACCCAGGGGCCUACAUUCGUUGACGGCGAGGACGGCAAUGACAACAACGGACAUGGAAGCCACACCGCGGGGACUGUCGGCUCCUCCAACUACGGAGUCGCCAAGAAGGCCACUCUGAUUGGAGUGAAGGUCCUCAACGUGAACGGCACCGGCAAAACAUCAAUCACAGUGAAGGGCAUCGAGUGGGCCGUGAACGACGCCAAAGCCAAGGGCAUCACUGGCAAAUGUGUCAUGUCCAUCUCCAUCGGCGGCAACGCCAAUGAUGCCGCCAACAGUGCCGUCAAAGCCGCCACCGAUGCUGGCAUCUUCGUCGCUGUCUCAGCGGGUAACAACAACGUAGACGCAAGCCAGCAAUCUCCCGCCUCUGCGCCUUCCGCCUGCACCGUCGGCGCGACCGACACGACCGACACCAAAGCCAGCUUCUCCAACUACGGCUCGAUGGUCGACAUCUGGGCUCCUGGUGUCAGCAUCAAGUCUCUCUGGAAGGGCUCCAACACAGCCGUCAUGACCGCCUCCGGACCAGCCAGGCGACUCCUCACGUUGCUGGAUUGGCCGCGUACUUGA